AUGUUGGCGUUAAUCAAUCGAAUUCUUGAUUGGAUUAAAAGUUUAUUUUGGAAGGAAGAGAUGGAACUCACGUUAGUUGGAUUACAGUAUUCUGGGAAAACAACUUUUGUUAACGUCAUUGCCUCAGGACAAUUUAGUGAAGAUAUGAUACCAACUGUAGGAUUCAACAUGCGAAAAAUUACAAAAGGAAAUGUCACUAUUAAGGUGUGGGACAUUGGCGGCCAGCCUAGGUUCCGCUCAAUGUGGGAAAGAUAUUGUAGAGGUGUAAAUGCUAUUGUAUACAUGGUAGAUGCAGCAGAUCCAGACAAGAUUGAAGCCUCUCGCAAUGAACUGCAUAGCCUCUUGGAAAAACAGCAGUUAACUGGCAUACCGGUGCUUGUGUUGGGUAAUAAGAGAGACCUGCCCCAUGCCUUAGACGAACAUGGCCUUAUUGAGCGAAUGAAUCUCUCGGCAAUCCAGGACCGUGAAAUAUGCUGUUAUUCGAUCUCAUGUAAGGAGAAGGACAAUAUCGAUAUAACACUACAGUGGCUGAUCGCGCACAGUAAGUCAGGCAGCGCGCGCUAAUCAAACAACAUUCAACUUAAACGCAAGUCAUCCGGAACACUUAAGGCGUAGUUUCGUCUGCACUGGCGUUGAGCGCUUUAUUAGCAGAUUUACUACCCACAUUUUUUCACUUAACUUCGCCUUAAUGCGUGUCAAUCGGAGUCGACUGGUUACUGCGUAUUGCUAAUUAUAUCAAUUAGAAUUUCGCCAAAACACUUAUCUUUUGCAACUUACGCUAAUAUAAGAGUAUAUAUUGUAGGAUGUUAUUGUUUGCAGCUGAAAUGUUUGAUAUGUGUUUUGGCAAAUUGUUGGAUUUCAUAUCGAAUUAGGACGGUACCUGGCCUCUGAAUGAUUUCAGCCAUUGCAAUUAAAUCAUAGUAAUAUGAGUCGUACAUGACAGUUCAAAGUGUACUCAUAAAAAUUUAGUUUAAAAUGAGAAUAACUUGUUAUAAAUCUCAUUUUUCCUUUACAUCAAAAUGGCUGGUCGAUUAAGGCACAUGAUAAAGUUAUAAUUUGAUGUGAAAAUUGUUUGAAUACAUUUUGAUUGUAUAAAUUAUCUUAGCUUGAGUGAGUGCACUCUCUUAUAAUUUCGUGUAAUACGUAUCAUUUUGAUAAUACAGCUGUGAAAGUGAUAUAUGAAGUGGAUCUAUAAUUGUUUGAACAAUUAUAAAAAAUGUGGCAACUUUAAAUAAAUUUACGUCAAAAAUAGUUUUUGUGAGACUUAUUUCAAUACAAUUCUAUACAUUUUCGUGCUAUUGUAUGCUUUUGUUUGACUAUUAUAUUUUAUGAUUUCCGUUAUUUGACCUCUAUUGUAUUUAUAGACAAUUUAAAAUUCAAUUUAAAUAAUAAUAAAAAAAAAUAAUUGAAAAUUAUGGUAUUUAGGCUUUCUCUCUAUUCAUUAAAUAUCAUUUAUAUGAUAUUAACUUUAUAGUUACAAAAAAAAGAGAAAUUGAUAAAUGAUUGCAUUGAGAAGACUGAAAUUUAUAUUUUACAGUUGCCACAUUAUAACUGUAUGUAUUGUGUAGUUAGAAUUUUAGAUUUACUAUAGACUCUUUGAUUAUAUUAUGUAUAAAUAUACUUCUCAUACUGUUAGCUAAAAUAAGUUACAAAUACGAUAUAGUGUGAUGCUUUUUGUUUUAUAACUACUAAUGAAGAACAAUGUCUUUUAGUUUUUGCGUAACAAAUAAAUUAAUAACUGUCUUAUAUAUGUCGCAGGAGGAUUGUUAAAACCGUUAGACUAUAAUCUAAUUCCAGAGAUUGCAAACUGUCCACAAAUGGUGUUCGGUUACAUUUUGUUGCAAUUUAAUAUAAAUGCGACAUAGUUUUGUAUCAUGCCGAGAUGUUACUUUGCAAAAUGUCUAUCAGGUGCAGGAUGCUAUGCAGGCUACUAUUUCUAUGUAGUUUUUGGAUACACAUAACCGUGACCGUGAAGAAGAACGUGACGUGAUAUUCAAUGCCUAUUUAAAAAUGUAGGUAGAUUAUUAUGUACAGAGUAAUAAGGGAAUUAAUUGAAAGCAGUAUGUUCCCGGUCACAACUUUGAGUCAGAUUACAAUCUCUUAUAUCAAUUUAAUCUAUCGGUGUUCAUAAUUUUACGGUGACAUACAUAAAUCAAUUUUGUGAUAUAUUUUUUUUUAUUUAAUAUCUGCUGAGUUGCACAUUGUUGUUAAAUACGAUAAAUUUUAAAAACUUUUCUUUCAUACUCAAUGUUAUGUAUCAAUUAAUUAAAAUUAUUUAUAAAGUUAAAAAACAGAGCAGUUUUAUGAUUAUUAUAUUUUUAUAUUAUUUUCGUAUUCUGAAUGUUGGUUUAAGGUUGAAAAUAAUUAUUUCAUAAAAUACGAUGAAUAUAACUAUUAUUUAUUAGGUCAUGAGUCAAGUAAGUUUUGUUCUGCUAUAUUGCUAUGAUAUUUCAUAGCGAUCAAGGCGAUAAUUUUUAUGGAGCGACUGAUGCACGAACAGGUAGGUAGAUUUCCCUUAGUUUCGAGUUGGGUUGGAGUAUAUUGAUUAAAAAAUAAUAAUAAUAAUUUAUAAUCGAAAUUAAAUUCCCCAAUGAAAUGACAACGCUUUGGUUUAAUUUUUUUCUUAGAAUUUUUUAAAAUAUUCAUAUGCAAAUAAUGACAAUUAUAAAACUAUUCAAUUCAAAUGUACUACAUUUAAAGUAAAGUGGGCUUAACACAAUUAUAUUGGGAACAAUAUUCCGGCUGUUUAUAUAUUGUUUUGUGAUAUUUCUUGGUUUCUAUUUAAUAGACUAUGAUAGGAAAAUCUUUUCAAUCUAAGGUGAUUUGAGUUUAAGCUAAAUAUUACUCGUAUGUGUACACAAAAUGUGACAUUAUUACUAGCUUAAAAAGGAAGUGAACAUUCCUAUUGUAUCUUUUUUUGUUCGUUGUGUAUUUUAACUUAGUAAUGCUGUAAUAAAGUGUUCCCAUAAUCUAAAGUAUCGUUAAAUGUCUUUAUGUUCAUUCAUUUACGUCAUUAUUUUACUGUGUCCUGGCUUGUACCUAUUAUUUCUGAAAUCUCAAGUUGUAAGUGUCUGAAAAUCUAAGGCCACGAUGAAAAGGCGACUCGAAUAUAAAUUUUAUUGUGCACAAAUAGCCUCGUUACUCGACUUUUUGACCAAAAUCUAUAAAUGAAUCUUCAGGGCUCAUGUGCCAAAAGAUUUAACACGAGAUUAAUGUUGCAAUAUCAUUGCGAUAGAAAAAUCAAUAAUAUGCAUUAAAAACGUAUUGGUAUCGUGUUUCUGUAUCUUAUAUUUAUAUUCGAGAUUGGAGUUAUUUCUCACGAAAUGUUACAGCUAUCUAAUUUCCAAGAAGGCACAGAGCGGUAGUGGUGAAGAGAAAAUAUUAAAAUGUUUAAA